AUGGCUUUUAUAUAUACAAUCGAGUUCCAAAAAAGAGGUUUGCCUCAUGCCCAUAUACUUAUUAUUUUAAACGAUGAUAGCAAAAUUGAAACAUCUCAAGCUAUAGAUAAAUUUGUUUGUGCCGAAAUGCCAGAUAAAAUUCUCGAUCCUAAACUUUUUCAGAUUGUUACCCAUUUUAUGAUACAUGGUCCUUGCGAGAUAUUUAACCCCAAAUCGCCUUGCAUGGAAAAUGGCAUAUGUACCAAAAAACUUCCGAAGGAUUUUCAAAUGGAAACAAGACCAAAUAUUGAUGGGUAUCCAUAUUAUAAAAGGCGAGAUAAUGGUAUUACAAUUCUUUCCGGUAAACCUACGGAUAAUAGUUAUGGCUAUGACUGUACUAAUGUUGACAUUAAUGUUGCUUCAAAUAUAAAUAUUCAUGACGAAAUUAAAUCACAUUUAAAUGCGCGAUAUGUGAUUGCAUGUGAAUCAAUGUGGAGAUUAUUAGAAAAUAAUAUGCAUGACCGCUCGCACGCUGUUAUUCGCUUAGGAAUUCAUUUACCUUUACAACAGCCAGUAUAUUUCACUGCUGGACAUGAAAGAUAUGCUUUAUUGAGAUCAGAAAAUAAACAUACUACUUUAACGGCAUGGUUUGAGUUAAAUAAGACAGAUCUAAAUGCUAGACAAUAUCUUUAUGGGGAAAUACCUUAUCAUUAUGUGUUUAAAAAUUACCAUUGGAAACUAAGAAAAAAACGAUUAAAUGUGAUUUCGAGAAUGUAUUCCGUUCAUCCUAAUUCUGGUGAACGAUUCUUCCUUCGAUUAUUAUUACUUCAUGUUUGCGGGGCUACAAGUUUUGAUUAUUUAAAAACUAUUAAUGGAAUUUUAAUGAGUACUUUUAAAGAGGCAGCUAUUAAAAGAAAUUUGUUAUCAGAUGAUAAAGAGUGGAAGUCAUGCUUAGAAGAGGGAUCAAUAUAUCAAAUGCCGUCACAACUUCGGAGUACUUUUGCCUUUAUCUGCAUUUUUUGUCAGCCUGAAAAUCCUGCAUAUCUAUGGAAUAGGUUCAGAUUUAUGAUGAUUGAAGAUUAUUUGCGUCAAUAUUCAGAAGUAAUUGCAAUAAACAUGGCUUUAAUGGACAUUGAAAACGUUUUUCUUGAUCAUGCGAUUGAAUUAGAAAAUAUUCCAGAAAGAUAUUUCUUCGUGGAUGGCCCUGGAAGUUCAGGUAAAACGUAUCUUUACAAUACCUUAAUGUGUUAUAUAAGAGCAAAAAAUCAAAUUGUAUUGCCUUUUGCAACCACCGGCAUAUCCUCUAUUCUUUUAAAGGGGGAAGAACCAUCCAUAGCGGAUUUAAAUUACCUGUGCCUAUCUUUGAAACUUCUACAUCCCAUAUGA